AUGCCCCUCGCCGCCAUCGCGCUAGCGUCCCCCGUCAAGCGCACCUUUACUGCCAGCCCGACGGCGAGCCCCGACCUCGGCCGCACACCAGACCGCCAGCUCGCCAGCCCGCGCGUCCUCCGCCCCAAGCUGUCGGUCGACCAAGUCGCGCUCGAGUGCCCCCUCGUCGCCCCGCGGCGCGACACGCGGCUUGACGGCGAGCGGCCGGUCCGCCGGGGCACGGACACGACGCCGAGCACGCCGCCCGAGGUCCCGCUCGAGCCGCUGGUCGGCUUGGGCGUCGCCUCGAAGGACGACGGCGCGCGCGAGGCGGUGCCGGUCGUCGGCGGCGGCGACGAGACGCUCCUCUGCAGCAGGCGCGCACCGACGCCGCAGGUGCUCGCUGCAGAGAGGCAGAUCCGCGAGCUCGAGGGCAUGCCGCAGGACGUCCAGAUCACGCUCGCCAAGCUGUGCAGCCAGCACUGGUUGAGCCAGUACAACGCCCUCAAGCGCUCGCUCGUCGCCGCCGCAGGAGGACCGCAGGCCGGCCUCGCACGUCCAGUCGUCGCUCCACCACCUCGCGCUCCUCCAGCCUACACCCUCCCUUCCUUCACUCCCCCUGCCUCGGGAUCGACUACCUCGCUCCCCUCGACAUCGUCCCUCGCCAUCCCGAGUCGACCGACUUCUCGCGCGCCGUCGCCCGCGCCCACCAACUCGGCACCUCCCUCGACGCCCAUCUCGAUGCCGCACCGCUCAAGCACCCCGACGAGCCUCACCCCCUCGCUCGCCAACUUCGGGUUCAACCUGUCCGCCGAUGCGCCAACCAUCGCGCCGCCGUCGUCGUCCGCUGCGCCAACCGCCGAGGCGACCGGCCUGCUCGCCAGCCUCGUCCAGGGCGAGCCCGUCGCCGUGCAGCACUGCGGCGCCUCCGUCGUCGUCAGCGGGCCGGUGCCCAAGGUGGAGGACGUGUCGGCGGUGCCAAAAGUGCCCGAGAUGGGCGGGUUGCCGCGCCCGGCACCGUCAAGCGAGGAGAUUCCGGGCUUGCUGCCCGGGAUGCAGGUCGUCAACGGCGUCGCGGUCAAGACGAGCGCGAGUCACCCGAUCAACAUCUCGCCGCUCGUCCCGCCUGAGCUCCUUGAGUACCUCGCCUCGAACCUGUCCGACCCUUUCCUCCCGCCCUCGAGAACACCUCCUCUCGCUCUCGACGACGACGCGCCUUUCAUCCUGCGCCCGUCUGUCGCGACCGACCUCAUCUCGGUCACCGCGGCCUACUACGCCGCUCCCUCGACCCUCCCUGUCUCGGACGUCGCGCCGCCGCCGCUCGGCAACUUCGUCCUGUCGUCGUGCCCGGGCAAGAAGGUGCGCAUGAACGGCGAGCCCAAGCAGGGCGGGCGAGGCGCCAUCUGCCGCGACGUCGCGACCGACCUGCGCCGCGCGCGCGACGACUACAACGUGCGCCUCGUCGUGUGCUGCCUCGACGACGACGAGCUCGCGUACCUCGGCGUGCCGUGGAACGAGUACGGCGCUGCGCUCGACGCCCUCGAGAUGGACGUCGUGCGCCUGCCCAUGGUCGAAGGGUUCGCGCCCUCGGGCGCCGAGGAGCUCGACGGCGUCCUGUCGCGCAUCGUACAGCAGUACACGCUCCGCGGCACGUCGGUCCUCGCGCACUGUCGCGGCGGGAUCGGGCGCGCCGGCCUCGUCGCGAGCGCGUGGAUGCUUAAGAUGGGCCUCGUCGCCGGGCCGAGGGACGGCGAGGGCGACGCGGCGCUGUGGGAGGGCGAGGAGCCGCUGCGCAUCGUCGAGCGCGUCAUCGAGCUUGUCAGGAGGAGGCGCAGCAUCAAGGCCAUCGAGACGCCGCACCAGGUCUCGUUCCUCCUCGACUACGUCACCUACCUUCAGCAAGGCGCGCGCAUCGUCACGGUCGACGACCUCGCCGCCUUCCUCCCCCUUUCCCCUCGUCCCUCGCCCUCGACCCCCCACCCCUGACCCGACCCGCCCUCUGUGACUGUAUGCUCUCUUCCUCCUCAUCCUCUGCAUCAUCCUCCUCGAUGGGCCUCUUGCGCCCGAAGUGUCUGUCUUGACGUCGCUUCUCCACUCGCACUCGCAUUCGCCCCCUCUCCCCCCGUUCAUGCACCACCCCGCCCUUUUCGCAGUCCCCCGCGACCCUGUUUCUCCCCAUCUUUGCUGUAGACGUCUCUCUCGCAGCAGCGACCGUGUCUUCCUUGCCGCGA